AUGAGACUAAAUAUUGCCAUCUUCUUUGGGGCUCUCUUUGGUGCUUUGGGGGUUUUACUCUUUUUGGUGGCUUUUGGAUCGGAUUACUGGCUUCUUGCAACUGAAGUGGGGAAGUGUUCAGGUGAACAGAAUAUAGAGAAUGUCACUUUCCACCAUGAAGGAUUCUUCUGGAGAUGUUGGUUUAAUGGGAUUGCAGAAGAGAAUGAUUCCAGUAUCUGGAAGUUCUGGUACACCAAUCAGCCACCAUCCAAGAACUGCAUGCAUGCUUACCUGUCACCAUAUCCCUUCACGAGAGGGGAGCACAAUUCAACCUCCUAUGACUCUGCUAUCAUUUACCGUGGUUUUUGGGCAGUCCUGAUGCUUCUGGGGGUCGUCGUCGUGGUGACCGCGAGCUUUCUGAUCAUCUGUGCAGCCCCCUUCGCGAGCCACGUUCUCUAUAAAGCCGGCGGAGGCGGGUACAUUGCUGCAGAUAAAGCAGAGCGAGAGGAGUAUGUGGAGGAAACAGAAGACCAUGGGCAGGAAGGGAUUAGGGAAGAAUUGCUGACGGUCCAGAGGCAGGCGUUCUAA